AUGCAGUAUGAGAAACCCUCUGGGGUCAUGCAUGAGGUGAUCCGGCGCGCCUUUGAUGAGCUGCGCCUGCACAACAAUGCACAAGGCGCUAUCACCAUCGUUACACACGCUCUCGCCAACGCAGAGGGACUGCCGCUGCUGAAGUCAGGCAAGGACCUCAAUGGAAACACCCCACCAAGCACGCCCCGAGCGGUUUUGUCGCGCAGCGACAGCGUCGUGGCACGUGUCCGUGACGCCACCGCUUCUGUCGUUGGCGUUCCCACUCAGAGCAGCAUCAGCGAGAACGGCUACGACCAUAGCGCGCCCCGACCUCGUCUCGGUGGGUCUUCGAGCAUGGCCCGUGCGACGCAGACUGCGUCGAUGCAGUGGCUCAUCGUCGGGAGUAUCGGCGGCACUGUGCCUUCGCCGGCCUCCACCCCCAGCGCCAGCGCCAUUGCGUCGCUACCUGCUGGGAGCGUAGAGUGUCUGAGCAAGCAUCACUACUUUAAUCGGACGCAGGUUCUGCGGCUGCUGCUCAUCCGCUGCGAGGCCUAUAGUGCCAUGAAGCAGCACAACCGCGCGUUGCAGGAUGCACUGAACGCCGUCGAGGUGUCGGAAGGCCAGUCAGCGGAGGCGUACUUCGCGGUUGGCCGAGAGCAGCGCCGGCAGUUCAACAUUGUGGAGUCUGCCAGCGCGUUUGACACAGCAGAGGCCCUGCUGCACUCCAUGCAGCAAGCUGUGGCGGCUGGCAAGAACGUUGUGGAUGGCUGGAUCCAGGAAACGGUAUCGGAGGAGGAUUUCUGGGCCGAGCGCGGCUAUCAAAUGUCGGAGGUGCGGGAGCUCGGCAUCACGCAGCGAGAGUACGAGCUGCAGGAGCGAGCCACACACCGUGAUAGUCUGUCGAACUCGGACAGUCUCCCGACAAGCCCGGUGAUAAGCGGCAGCAGUUGGCGUGGGCACGGGCACGGUUUUGAACCGUCGUUUGCCGGCAACAGUGGCUCGAUGCUCGAGGUGCCGACCUCACUGAACGACUCCGCCACGACCCUUUCCUUCACAGGCGAGAGCGGCGCUGACGGCGGCACCGCCGGUGCCGGGAAUUAUGUGCGCGACCUGUUGCAGUGUGGUCUGUCGUUGAACGAGCUGGCCAUGUGGCGCCGUCUCUCCAAUGAGUCGCGGGCGCUGCUUGCCAUGCGCCAGUCGCACACCGUGCCGUCAACGCUGCUGGGGGCGACCAUGACGCUGCUGGACCGCCGCAUUUCAAGCGUUCGUGGUGGUCUCAUCAUCUCCAUAGAGAACAACUUGAGUGUGCCGCUACGCUUCGUUGGUGCCACGGCCCCAGACGGGCUCUAUCACGACACCUUCAGCUUUCCCGACGUCAUCGCCAAGACGCACUGCGGCGUAUCAAUGCUGCACCCACGCAGGUGGGGUGGCUACUCUGGUGGUGUAUGCUACGAGCUGCACGAGCAGCUGAGCUGCUUCUUUUACUUCGAGUGCCCUCUGCUGGGCUCGCUCAAAUACGGGGUGCGCUUCGUCGAGCACCGCGCCUCUGACCUGCGCCGCGCCUUCGCGGAGAUGUACAAGGAGACGGGUAUCUACGGCAUCGAGGGUGGCACGUCGUCGGCCAUCAAAUCACCACUGCACACCAACAGCGGUGCGGCGGGUGCACACAACGGCUCCCGCAUCGGAGGCAAUGUGUCGAUCCGCGGUGCGACGACGCCACUCGCGACGACGUUGGCUAGCAUGAACGCAGCGCGGGCCGCGAUUCGAACGCCGCCGUCUGGAAUCUGGCUCGCAUCGCGCACCACAGCUUCCGCGUCGAGGCGUCCGAUCAAGGCCACGGCGCGUUUGAACGGCACUCAGGACAUCGCCUUCUCGCUCUCCGAAGUGCUGGCUGUGCGGCUGCGCAGUGUGGAGCUGGUGCCUGCGCUCGAGUACGUUGGUGCCGCGACGCUCAAAAAGCUGAGCUCCGUCAACCACCGCUACCGGGAGCUGGUGAACAACCUGCCGCCGCCGAUGUUCUACGGCACUGGGCGGCGCUCCUACCCGGACUACUGUGUCGCUUCCGACCGGUACAGCUCGCCGUGGAUUGUGCGGGACAUGCAGCCGGUCACGUGGAAGCUCGUCUUCGACGGCCGCCUCGCCGACCAGGAAGAGUUCUCUAUAUCCGAUGAGAGCGACACGCAGAAACACAUCCUGUGCUUUUCGGCAGAUGCGCAGACGAAGGUGACGGGCUACGUGUACUUUGGCGACAAGCGGUGUCUGCAGUACAUCAUCAAAGAGAGCUGGAUUCCCUUCAGCAACACGCUCUACAUCUCCACCCCCGUCGGCCGAACCUUCGCCAGCUGCGUGGCGACGAACAACCAAACCCAGUUUACCCUCUCGCUGACGAGCAGCAGCGGCGGCGGUAACGCAAAAGGAGGCGCGGUCAAGGGCGGCGACGACGUGCUGUACUCGGCGCGCAAGCGUGUGCCGCCCGCCAGCGACGUUACCACGCCGUCCACGCGUGCCGGGGCCACCGUAGUGACGGCCACGGCCAUUUCGACAGGAGUCGUGAGCGGCAACGGGAGUCCUCUCCACAGCCACGGCAGUCCAGUGCCCACCGCGCUUGGUGUGGAUUCGGAUGCUGCCACUGGCAUCGUGGAGGGUGCUAACAACGUCGGUGUUAGUGCGACAAGGCGCGCCACGUCCGCGGACGCAGCAUCGACGAAGACCGGCGGCAGCUCUGGUGGGCUCGGCGUGCUCACCUUGCCGAUGACAACGGGUGGGAUCGCGAAGGCUACUCUUUACUCUCCGAAUUCCACUCUCUACCCUUCUCCGGGUAAGCCAUCUUCAGAGACCGCGUUCAACGGCACUUCGAUCGCAGCCUCCAUGACGUCUUGCAAGCCGGAUUACUAUAGUAUCUGGCGCUCACAGCGCGUCAGCGGCGGCGCUGUCGUCGGCAGCGCCUCCCCGGCCUCGACGAACGGCGGCGCCGACAUUGUGGCCGAGGUAAAAGUGAACCCGGUGCUCUACGGCAUGGUGGCCAAGGGUUACUGCGCGGCCGAGAUUACGCUCUACCCUGGCGCGGAUGCGAUGUUGGUAUCUCUCAUGUCCUUCUUGAUGACGCGGUGGUAG